GCAAAGCCACAAAUGUGCAGGCUGCCAUUAGAAGCAUGACGUAAGCCAUGCAGUCCAACACACACUGCUCGUUCUCUUCCGAAGAGAAGAUUGCCGAAAGAAGACUGUCCAUUACGGCGAUGACAGGAGAAAGAAACAAUAGUAAACACAAAAAGCACACUUAGAGGCGGCUUCCACUGGUCCUGAUCCACAUGCGUCAGUGGCUACAUGCUUGGGGGAUAAAACUUCAUUUAAGCCGCCGACUGCUGCUUCACCUCCUCGCCCAGGCGUGCUCUUCUCCAGAAUGGGCAAAAGAAGCAGACAGAGGCAGAAGAACCCACCUCCAGCAGGCAGAGACCACAGAGACAUGCCGGGCUGGGGUGCCGGGUACGCUGACAUUGUGAAGGAAAACAAGCUGUUUGAGCACUACUACCAGGAGCAGGGCUUGGUGCCGGAUGGAGAAUUUGACCAUUUUAUGGCCGCCAUGAGAGAACCGCUGCCAGUCACCAUCCGCAUCACUGGAUACAAGAGCCACGCCAAGGAGAUCCUGCAUUGUCUGAAGGACAAGUACUUCAAGGAGCUGGAGAUUGACGGGCAGAAGAUUGAAGCGCCGCAGCCUCUCAGCUGGUAUCCUGACGAGCAGGCCUGGCACACCAACCUGAGCCGGAAGGUCAUUCGCAAGUCUCCCCUGCUGGAGAAGUUCCACCAGUUUCUUGUGAGCGAGACCGAGUCGGGUAACAUCAGCCGCCAGGAAGCCGUCAGCAUGAUUCCUCCUAUCCUGCUGAAGAUUGAGUCUCACCACAAAAUCCUGGACAUGUGUGCAGCCCCUGGGUCCAAGACAGCCCAGCUCAUUGAGAUGCUGCAUGCUGACAUGGAAGUGCCCUUUCCAGAGGGCUUCGUCAUCGCCAACGAUGUGGACAACAAGCGCUGCUACCUGCUGGUGCACCAGACCAAGCGCCUCAACAGCCCGUGCAUCGUGGUGGUCAACCACGACGCCUCGUGUAUCCCCACUCUGCGCAUCCAGACGCACGGGAAGAAGGACGUCCUCUUCUACGACCGCAUCCUGUGUGACGUACCCUGCAGCGGGGACGGCACCAUGAGGAAGAACAUCGACGUGUGGAAGAAGUGGACCACCAGCAACAGCCUGCACCUUCACGGCCUCCAGCUGCGUAUAGCGGUGCAUGGUGUGGAGCAGCUGGCUGUGGGGGGGAGGAUGGUCUACUCCACCUGUUCACUCAACCCCAUUGAGGACGAAGCUGUCAUAGCGGCGCUGUUGGAGAAGAGUGAAGGAGCACUGGAGCUUGUGGACUGCUCUUCAGACCUGCCAGGCUUGAAGUGGAUGCCCGGCGUCACUUCCUGGAAGCUGAUGACCAAAGAGGGCAAGUGGUACCCUGACUGGUCGGCGGUUCCGAGCAGCCGGCACACUCAAAUCCGACCCACCAUGUUCCCGCCCACUGACGCCCAGAAACUGGCCGACAUGCAUCUGGAGAGAUGCAUGAGGAUUUUGCCCCAUCACCAGAACACAGGAGGUUUCUUUGUGGCCGUGUUGAUGAAGAAAGCCCCCAUGCCCUGGAACAGAAGAUACCCCAAGCUGGGGAGAGACUCCUCAUCUGGCACCGAGGCCCAAACACAGAGCUCCCCGGGGACCCCUGCACCGACUCCCUGCCUAUCCGAGAGUGUCGCCGCAGACGGAGAGGAGCGGGAGGAAGACGGCGCCGAGGGCGCAGUAGACGGGGACGCCCAGGAGGGAGCAGCCAAAGAAGAUCAGGAGAAGAGUGACAAGCAAGAUGGCGUGUGUGGGCCUCCACCGUCCAAGAAGGUGAAACUGUUUGGCUACAAAGAAGAUCCUUUUGUGUUCCUAAGUGAAGAUGAUCCCAUCUUCACAUCCAUGCAAUCUUUCUACGAUUUGUCCGCGGACUUCCCCAAGCUGAACGUCCUGAGCAGAACCCACGAGGGCAAGAAGAGACACUUGUACAUGGUGUCCAAGGAGCUGCGCAACGUGCUGGUCAACAACUGCGAGCGCAUGAAGGUGAUAAACACAGGAGUGAAAGUGUGGUCUCGCAACAGUGAUGGAGAAGAGUUUGGUUGUGCCUUUAGAGUGGCUCAAGAGGGCAUCUACACUCUGCAGCCGUACAUUCGCUCCAGGAUCAUCACGGUGAGCGUGGAGGACGUGAAGGUGCUGCUGACUCAGGAGAAUCCCUUCCUCAGCAAGCUGGAGGACCACGCCCACGCUCAAGCCAAGAAAAUGGACAUGGGCAGCAUCGUCUUGAAGUACAUCCCCGACCCCCAGAAGCCCUCGGAGCCUCAGUGUCCCAUCCGGCUGUGCGGCUGGAGGGGGAAGACGUCCAUCCGAGCCUUCGUGGCCCGAAACGAGCGGUACCACUACCUGCGCAUGCUGGGCGUGGAGGUGUUCAGGGACAAGCAGGGCGCGGCACAGAAAGCCCCAGAGGACCAGAACCCAGCAGAGCAGGAUGACUCGGCCACAAAGAUGGAGGAGAGCAGCGGCUGAGAAGGAUGAAAGACACACGGAGCGUGAGAACACUUUCUUUACACGCCAUCUUCCAAAACAAAACAUUUUUGCUUCCCAUGCUUCCAGGAGGAUAACUUUUUAUUUUUAUUUUUUUUGAACGGCUUCUGAAUUUGCUUGAAUCAUAGUAUUAUAACUUUACUUUCAGUUUUUAAAGUUUUAUAUUAAGUCUAAUCUCGUUUUGUACACCUGUAUAGAAAACAAUAAAGGUGUGGACAAAUA